AUUUUCCUGCUGGAAUAUAAAUGAUCUUAUCUGUCAGAAUGUUUGUUGUCCAUGAUUCCCUUUACUUUUCUUUCAAUUGCCAAUGACGACCAAGAGUUUUUCGACUUGAUAGUUUCAACUCCGCUAUCGAGAACCUGCUGACCUCGAGUUGCGAUCAACACUAAAGCGAUUGGAGCUCCCAACAUACCAUUCUGCGAGAUUCUUCAUGUGGUGAACCCUGUUGUUCGUCUAUCAGAUCACAAUGUCAACCUCAUUCCAGCCUUCAUCGAAGGAGGACAGCAAUGGCACACUUCGUUCGCGGCCCUCCAAGAUCCCAAAUAUGCCACCUCAGGUGCUCCGCACCAUGACAGAUGAUGGAGCUCUCAAAGUCGACGACGCUUCAGUUUCCGGAACAUCAAGUGGCCGGACCACUCCACUUCCGCCCGAUGCUCCUCCGUCGAUGCAAUCAAUAUCCCAGGCGCGCCGUCAAUUGCGAGCCCAACAGAAGCACCGAAUCUUUCCUACUAUUGAGUAUGCUGCCCGCGUCUCUCAUUUUGACCCAAACAGCGAUUAUCAUGAUUUCCGGGGAUUUUUCGUCCUCUUUUGGAUUGGACUGGCCAUCAUGGUCAUCACCACAAUGUUGCGCAAUCUGAAAGACACAGGCUGGCCGAUGCGAGCUCAGGUGUGGGGGCUAUUUACACCGAAUUUGUCCUCACUUGCUGUGAGUGAUCUGUUAAUGGUUUCGAGUACUGCUCUCUCCCUCCCACUCCACCGCCUCUUUAGGAGCAGCAAUGGCUGGUUGCGGUGGCGUAGUGGUGGCAUGGCAGUCCAGAGCAUAUAUCAGAUGGCCUGGUUGUGCUUCUGGGUGUACUUGCCAUUUUUCCUCAACUGGACUUGGACUGCUCAGGUUUACUUCACGCUCCAUACUCUGACCUUGUUCAUGAAAAUGCAUUCCUACGCCUUCUAUAACGGACAUUUGAGUGAAACACAGCGUCGACUCUGGGAAUUAGACAAUCCUGCGACUGCCUCAACGGAUGCUGUUCUCCGCUAUCCCAGUUCGUCGGAUCAUUUGAAUGAGAUUGAAGAUGAGCAAGAACGACGAGAAAGAGAAAGCAAACAACAAUCGCUCGCAGAACUGCGCGAAGAUCUCGCCAUCGAGCUGACCUCCCCUCUGGGGCGAGUGACAUACCCUCAAAAUCUCACCACCUACAACUUUAUCGAUUACUUGCUCUGCCCGACUCUGUGUUAUGAGCUCGAGUAUCCCCGGACGGCAGGCAUUGUAUGGAGCGAGCUCCUUUGGAAGACGCUCGCUGUAUUUGGAUGCAUCUUCCUGCUGACCGUAACGAGUGAGGAAUUUAUUCUUCCUGUGCUCGCCGAAUCUGCGAUCCGUCUUGAACAUGUCGAGAGCUACACCGAAUUCGGGCUUGUCCUGGCCGAAAGCAUCAGCCUUCUUCUCUUCCCGUUCAUGGUCACGUUCCUUCUCGUCUUCCUCGUCAUCUUCGAAUAUGUUCUGGGCGCAUUUGCUGAGAUCACCUGCUUCGCCGACCGACACUUUUACUCCGACUGGUGGAACUCGACCGACUGGCUCGAAUUUUCACGCGAAUGGAAUGUUCCCGUCCAUCAUUUCUUCCGACGCCACGUGUACGGCGUGUCGCGACCGCACCUGUCACGUCCUGUCGCCACGCUCAUCACCUUUCUUAUCAGCGCACUAGCUCACGAACUUGUCAUGGCGUGCAUCACCAAGAAGCUCCGUGGCUACGGCUUCCUGGCGCAAAUGAUGCAGUUGCCCAUCAUCCUGCUGCAACGGACCCCAUGGAUACGCGGCAGGACUGUAUUUAAUAACAUUUGCUUCUGGAUCUCGAUGAUCCUAGGCUUGUCCAUGAUGUGUGCAUUAUACGUGCUUAUAUAGAUACCUUCGCUUCCCGUAUCAUACUUGGACUCCAUAUCGUGCUUGUACACAUUUUCCUCCCUCCUACUUUCUUUCUUUCUUUCUCGGUUUCAGCUUUUCAUUCAUAGCGUAGCGACGAAGCGAAGCGACGUUACGGAGCCAGCAUCUCAUCUCAACCAUUUAGCGUUGCAUUGCAUGCAACUGCCAAGAAACUCUGCUCUUGCCAGUAUUCUUGAAAUAUCCAAGCUGAUAUGCUGUUUUGGGAUUUAUCCACUAUUCAUUGUAAUUAUUCAUUCUCAACCUUUACUUAUUAGAUUACUAUUAUUCUACACGGGGGGCUAUUUUCAAAGAAAAAAUACUUGUAGAAAAGUUUGGUGCAGAAGCCGCUAUUACCCAGGUCGUUGUGACCGACG